AUGUAUGUCUAUUUCCGUGAUGACAACAUGGAACGUUUGGACUACACAUCCGGGACGAUUUUGGAACGCAUUCGAGGUGUGUUGAAGAAGGGAAUCGAGAUUCCUUACCUGAAAUGCGCCAUAAAAUUUCGUUUCCUUGGCUGUUCACUGAGUCAAGUACGCAACAGUAGUGCGAUAUUUACGUUGCUUGAUCACCAUGAAAUUCGAUCAUGGGUUGGAGAUCUUUCCAAUUUGACGUCUCCGGCGAAAUAUUUGAAGCGACUUGGCCAAGCUUUCUCCUCCACGAAGGAGACUUUUAGCGUUGACCAAAGUGUACUCGAUAAUCCAGUGGAGGAUAUUACGAACGAUAAACACGUGUUUACGGAUGGAUGCGGCGAGAUUACUCAAGUUGGGGCGGAAAAUAUUGUGAAGGAACUCAAUCUUUCGUAUACUCCAUCAGCUUUCCAGAUCCGUCUCGGUGGUGCAAAGGGUGUCUUGGUAAUAUCUGAUCUCGACAAAGCGAAAAUCAGUCAAGACAAGAGUAUUGUACUCCGUGAAAGCAUGUCAAAAUUCAAGUCUACGCACACAAUGCUUGAAAUAGUUGCAUGCGCUGGUAAGUCGGAGGCAUACCUGACACGCCAGAGCGUCCUAAUCUUGAACGACCUUGGAAUAAAUGAGGACGUGCUUUUAGAGAUGCAAGAAGAAUUUCUGAGUGAUCUUGGCUUGCUGAUAGCUUCCGAUGCUAGUGCAUAUUUCGAGUUGAAGGCGGUGCUGCCGCCGACGAUUAUUUGGCAUAUCGACGUUCUUGUCCGUAGACUGGGGGUAAAACUCUUGGCUGAUGAGUUUCUCUUGUCGCUCGCGAGAACAAUCUACCAUUACCGGUUGACAAACACAGUUAUGCGUGCCAGAAUUCCCAUUGCAGAAGGGCGCACUUUAAUGGGUGUGGCGGAUUUUACCGGAACGUUGAAGUACGGAGAGGUGUUUGUACAGUACUCAGUGACUGACGACGAGACUGGGGCCGAUAGCUAUGUAGCCCUUGAUGGUGUUGAUGUUGCUGUCCAUCGCAGUCCCUGCCAUCAUCCUGGAGACAUUCGUGUUCUUCGCUGCACAACGGACGUGCCCUUGCAAGUACGCCAACUGAAAGACUGUAUCGUGUUUCCGUGCCAGGGACCACGACCGCAUCCUGACGAAUGCACAGGAGGAGAUUUAGAUGGUGAUACUUUUGUGGUGAUUUGGGACAAACGGUUGAUCCCGCAUAGGACAAGAAUUCAAGAACCGAUGAUCUUUGAUGAAGCGACGGGAGGAGAUACAAGCCCUCGGGGUGGCAAAUACCACCAGUCAACUGAUGAUGACGGGUUGGUUGAUUUUUACGUCCACUCCAUCCAAGAUGAUAUCCUUGGAGUUGCUUCGAAUGCCCACCUCGCGCUUUGUGACUCGGUAAAUGAGGGAAGCCUUGACGAGGACGCGAAGACAUUGGCACGUAUUUGCUCACAGCAAGUCGAUAGUCUUCGUGCUGAAAAGGAUCUGGAAAUUGUGCGUAAUCUCGCGCCAAAAAGCUAUCCAGACUUUAUGCAAAACAAGGAGAAACCCUCUUACCCGUCGAAGAAAAUUCUGGGCAAGAUGUACCGUCGUUGUAAAGCUAUCUUUGACACAACAACGACGAAAGGUCCAAGCCAAAUGCCAUUUCGUGAUGAUCAUUUCCUCACGACAGGCUAUACCGACCAUGUCAGUCAGGCCGAGAUACUGUAUCGCCAAUAUAAGCUGCGUCUUAAAGCUUUGUUGCUCAUGUCAGGAGCGCAGACAGAGGCAGAACUUGCUACUGGUAUGAUUGUGGAACCACAGAGUGAGUACAAGGCAGACUAUUUUCGAUUUGGAGAAAUGUGCAAGGACGCAUUUUAUGAUCUGCAGACUUCAUUCCGCGCUCAAUUUGACAAGGAGGCAUUCACCUUAGCACCAGGUGAAAAACUCAAAUAUGCUGCAGCUUGCUAUUUUGUUGCAUAUAACGACUCCGAUGCAUCGUCGCGCUGUUUGAGUUUCCCAUGGGUGGUUAUCGAUCACCUUAUAACGAUAAAAACGAGCAAUAUUGGCACUUUCCAUUACAAGAUCUGGACUCCAGUUCGUCUAUCCGCGUACGCUGAAACGAUUCCAAAGCUGCAAUUGUGCAUUUUGGCUGAAAUCGCAACAAACACGGAAGAGUUGCUAGCGGAUUUGUUUGAUCGAUUGGUCGCAGUCAGUUCGCUACGUUCCGUGAUGCCUGGCAACCUGAAAAGAAGAGAGCUUGAUCUUAUUCUAUUUGGCUCUUCUGGACUGUUAACAUUUGAAAAGCAGUCUGAUCUGGAUGUGAUGAUUUUCUGUUCGUCUUCGUGCGGUUCGUUGAAAGCUAUCGCAGAUGCUUUGGAGGGUUCACAUGAUAAUAUCAAACUAAAAGAUGACAUCCGUGUCCCUCUUUUAUCCUUUUCGUUUCAACAAUGGUCUGUCGAGAUGUGCAAGCUUUCGAAUGGACCUGUGAAAACCCGCCUUUUUCGCACAUAUAUGGAAAGAUACAACUUUUUUUGGCCGUGUAUAUACUUCUUGCUGCGUUGGGGAAAAUGCGUAGGGAUUAUUCGGCGACGCUCAGGUGGUGGCCUGAAUAUGUUUUCACCCACCGGAUUCAUGUGGUUCUUCUUGCGGUUCUGUACCGAGCAAAAUCUUGUACAGCCAAUAAGUCUUGGACCCAUCACGGUACAUGAGAUUCUGAAGACUAAUGACGUUGAUUCGGAGAUCUCGUUUUGGACUGCACUACUUACUCGCUUGGUUUCGGGACAGGACGAUGCUUCUUCACUUUUAGCAGCUGAUGUUCUCCUUGCAUUCUUUGCCUAUUAUGCAAAACUAUCCACUCCUUAUCUCGAUUACGGGUUCACAGACCCACUAGAUCAAGAGAACAACACGCAGCUGGAAGGCGAAGCAGUCACCUUGUUUCGGUCUGAGUGUCAUAUCGCACUUCACCAGUUAGUGAUCGCACAGGGUGACAUCAAGUACCUAUUGACGCAUCGUACGCACCAGACGAGCAGAAUCACGCUUAGCCACGCACUCAGCACGCGAAUUCAUGAGGCUAAAGACUUUUUUUCGCGUAAAUUUUUGUUUGAAACAAAGGCAGACAGCUCCACGCGCCUCACAUUCAAGUUUCACCCAAAUAUUCUGCGUUCUGACUUGUAUGUGGCCGAGAUCGUCGGCCCCGGCGAUGCAAUUCUACGUAUAGAAAAUCAUAUACGUAUGGUCGAGCAAGAACUUGGUGCGCGAAUGCCUUUUCGCUCAAAUCAAAAUUUUCACCACGAAGGUUCAAGUUUGGUGCUAUUCGAGGGAGCCGAGUCCCAGCAAGAAAAAAUUGGGUUCCAGGCUUACUUUGGCGAGCGCCAUAGUGAGCACAACAACAUUGAAUUGCACCAAGCGCAUUUAAUUUGCUUUAUGAACGGACGUCAGUGGUACGAGCAUGCAGGGGCAAUAUUUUGCGCAAAAUUCAUCCAGCAAAUGAUUAAGUUAUCGAGAUAUGAACAUCUCAAUCUAGGAGCCACAAAAGCUAACGCUUAUAUUCGUUUUGGGCAUCACUACUUGAUUAAUCUGCCGCGUUCGUUUGACGAUGAAACAAUUAUGCUGGCCAGUAUCAAGAAACUAGAAGACGAGUUUGAACGAGGUCGGACUGCGCGUGAACUUUACGAGUCCGUAUUGAUUGCGAAGCAAAAACAACGGGCAGAGGGUGAGGCCGAGGCCUCAACUGAAAGUGACAUGCAACUGGAAAAAAAUAACCAACACGAAGUGAGUCCCUGGGGAUGUUAUUCCGACAACAAACACGAUGAAGAUAGCGAUCCAGCAGAAGGAUUGGUGGACUAUAAUGACGUGAUGGACGACUAUAGUGGUGGGGGGUGGUGGAAGGGGAGGCGCAAGACAGCCUCGGCGACAAAAGAUGGACUUCCAAAAAGCUAG